GUGGUUCGCCUGUGGCAGCUGUGUCACCCAGUAUCCUCACACCCAACACGUGUAUACACCUACCUGUAGCAGCUCGACCACAGAGAACUUUAUUGCUAACGUUAAGUAUCAACGUUUUUACCUGAAAACGGCUAAACGAAUUCGUGUUAUAUGCUUGUGUUUUUAAAUAAUAGUAUAACUAGCAACAAUAGUAUAUAAUAUAAACAAAAGUGUUAAGUUUAAUGUGAAGCUUGGAGUUAUACCUAAAUAUAUAUAUAUUUAUAUAUAUAUUUGUAUAUAUAUAUAUACGCACUCGACAUCACGGACACCUGUGGGGCCUCAUAGACGAAUGAGUUAGUUCUUCACUCAUACCCUCAGACGACGGAAGGACUCACUCGUUCAGCGGACGGACUCACUCAUUCACGGCUAUGAGGAGACAGAUAGCGUUGCUGUGCGUGGUUACUGUUGUUAGUGUGCUCGUCUACCUUAACAACAUGGACACUCUAACUACCUUGGUUCCUCAACAGCCCUGCUGGAGUUCUUUGAUGUCCUCAUCAGGGGACACAACCUCAAUAUAAGCAUGAACAACACUUAUACAGUGGAAGGACUGGUCUGGCAGAGAGGUAUUGUCGAGGGGGACUCAAACUUUCCCUUCGAAGACAACCCAAUCUCCGAAAACCUGACCUCUGAACCUGUGGACCUGUAUGUAGAGAGACCGAGGGACAAGGUCAACCUCGAUCCCGAUAAUCCUCCACUGAAGAAGAUCUUGUUUUGGAAUGAAGUGUUCGAUUUGAAACAUUUUUGGUUCGGGUUCGGACGGGAGCCGUUCCUUCGGGCCGGUUGUCGUGUAAACACCUGCAUGACUACAGGUGAUCGGUCCAGGUUCCCACACGAGGAAAUUGAUGCUCUCUUGUGGCAUUUCAGGUCUGAUGAUAAAUCUCUCCCCACUCAGCGAUCUCCUCACACACGUUACGUCUUCUGGUUGAUGGAGUCUCCAGCUCAUCUCUUCGCCAGGAUUGAGCGAUUUAACCAGGUCUUCAACUGGACUUUCACCUACAGACUCGACUCAGACUUCCCAUUGCCGUACGGACGCGUGUACCGGCGGAGGGUGCCUGAGAAGCCGAGCAACAGGAACUACGCAGCAGGGAAGACCAAGAUGGCGGCCUGGCUAGUCUCCAAUUGCAACACCAUUGGCGGACGGAAACAUCUGAUUCGAACGUUGAGGAACUGGAUCAAGAUUGACGAGUUCGGGAAGUGUGGAGGAACAAAGUGCCAGAGCCAGCAGUCUCUCAAGUGCCACUCAACUCUCGCCGCUGACUACAAGUUCUACCUCUCCUUUGAGAACUCUCUGUGUCGUGACUACGUCACUGAGAAGCUCUUCAAUGUGUUGAGGCUGGACAUAGUACCUGUGGUCUAUGGGCUGGCUAACUACUCACAACAUGCACCGCCUCAUUCUUACAUUGAUGCCCUCAGCUUCCCUACCGCCAAGGCUCUCGCUGACUAUCUCAUCUACCUCGACCACAACGACACAGCGUAUAAUGAGUACUUCAAAUGGAAAAGAUUCCACCGACUUCCCAUCGACUGGGUAAAUUACGCUAAGCCUUACUGUGAUCUAUGUGAGAGACUUCACUCCGAUAACUCCACCAAAAUAUACGAUUUGAAGAAGUGGUUUGUUGACGAGGCUCAUUGCAAGACUCGCAAUGAUAACGACAUCAAAGCCUUCAUUUACGGGAAAACAGAUUGAUUGAUACUGUGAAAGUCAAGAAAUAUGGACUCCAACUGCCGAAGGUUGUUGGGGAAUACAAACCUGGUUACGCAUAUGGAAAUGUCAAGACCCACAAGACUGGAAACCCAUUUCAGCCAAUCAUCAGCCAAAUACCCACACCCACGUACAGACUGGCUAAGCGACUCAACGGCUUGCUGACUCCUUAUGUACCUUGUGCCUUUAGCCUGAAGUCUCCAAAGGAAUUCGGUGACUUACUGCGGGGAGCACGGGCCACAGCCACACUUGAUGGGGAGUUGCUGUUCACCAACGUGCCAGUGGAUGAAACAAUCAGGAUGAUGAUGGACAAAGUGUAUCGUGAUCCGGCUUGUACCCCUCUUGACAUACCAGAGAGCAUACUAAAGAAGCUACUCCAAGCUUGUGCUAAAGAGGCACCCUUCUUGAGUCCCAAAUGAGCACAUGUAUAAACAAGUAGAUGGGGUCGCCAUGGGUUCUCCCCUAGGUGUCCUGUUUGCGAACUUCUAUAUGGGUACCAUAGAGUAGAGGAUC